GUUUUUGUGAACAUCUAUUAAGAAAAUAUAUAAAUUUUUUGAGGCUUUUAAGACUAUUGAUAACAACAUGCGACUGUCUGCUGUGGUGAAAUUGCUGGUGAUUCUAGAAGUAGCGAAAUUGAACUUUUGUGAAGAAAUCAUGUUUGGAUCACCAGAGGAAACUUAUUGGUCCUCCCUAGAUAUGUAUCUUUGGACAUUUAAUGUUGAACCAGAUCAAAGCAUUUUUGAUGACAAUUUUGAAAUUUCUGGAGAUAAAAGUGAAAGCGUCAAAGGACUUUACUUCAAACCAAACAAUAACAUCAAAUUUCUACCGGUAAAGCUGAAUGAAAAAUUUCCUAAUUUGGUCGUGUACGCUGCUAACAACUGUUCUCUCAGUAGCUUAAAAUAUGAGCACUUUACGAAUUUAAGCAAGCUUCAAAUAUUAAGUUUUGGUACGAACCAAAUAUCGUCUAUUGAACAAGAUGCAUUUAAGGAUUUAACAUAUUUAAAGUUUCUAUUUUUAAAUCACAAUGAAAUAGCAAAUAUUGAUGAUCAUACAUUCGAUACAGUUACAAAUUUAAGAUUACUAACUCUCUAUAACAACCAACUUAGUGCUCUGUCUGAAAAUAUCUUUAUCAAUUUGUCACAAUUGCGCAAUAUUUCCAUUUCUGAUAACAACAUUCAAUCUAUGAAUGACAAUCAUUUUAAGAAUAACAGAAAACUCGAAUGGAUUUGGAUGCAUAACAAUGAGUUUAGCAUUUUAAGCUCAACAAUGUUUGAUAAAAUGAAAAACUUGAAAUUUGUCGAUUUGAAGGAAAACUUGUGCAUUAAUGAUUAUUAUUUUGCAGCAAGAUUUUUGGAAAUGAAGGAAAAAAUUAAGUCUUCUUGUUGAAUUUUAUAAAAUUUUUGAUUCUUUCGCGUCUCUCUUAUAUGCAAAAAUAAUCUAUUAACUUACUUAUUAUGAGUCAAUUCACUGUGUCAAUUUAAUUCAUUGACCGCAAAUUCUAUAAAUAAAUGAUAAGGAUUGCU